AUGCAACAACAUCAUCAUCAGCGAUGUGUCGAUAUACGACGAGCUGGACUUAUGAACAGUAAUAAUAAAACAAAAUUUGAUGAUUUCUAUACAAAGUUAGAACGCAUUCGUUUAUCUGCUGCAGCUUCGUCUUCAAAACAGUACCCACGACGUACCGCGGCCGAACUACUCGACGAAUCAAAAAUAUAUUUUGUUAAAAGUCAAGAAGUUUUACAUAAACGACAAACACUUUCAAAUAAUCAAAGAAUCAAACCAACAUAUCGAACACCACAACUACAACGUUCGCCUUAUCGUGAAUAUGAAAAAGAUCGAAUUCAAUUAGAUUUUCCAUUUCAAUCAUCGACAUCUUCAACAACAAACACUUCCGAUUGUGCAUUUGAAAGUGUUAGUGUUUUGUCUCUUUCUGAUCAAACAACACUCGAUAGUACAAAUAGUCCAACACAUAGAAAAAGAACAGUGGUGCCGUCAUCAGUGAAAGUAAUCGAGCGUAAUGCAAGAAUUAUUAAAUGGCUCUUUCAAUUACAUAAAGCUAAUGAAUUACCUUCGUUUCAAUACUAUAAUAUAAGCAUUUUUAUUGCGAACACAAGUGCUAGUUACACAAAAACAACAGGAAUGGCCCAAGCAAUGUUUCAUGAAAGCAAUGUAAUUCGAAAACGAACACGAUCUGUACAUAACCAAAAUCAAGCCGGGGCAACAUUAUAUUCAUCCAUCACAGCAGAUGAUAGUUCAUUGCCAAAAUCUGAACCACGAUCAUCUUCCUUUACGAAGCCACUACAUCAAGUUAUUGAGUUUGUACAAAGAAAAUUAUCUCGUAAUCAUAAUGAACAAAUACAAGAUUUUACUACUAUACAAAAAACCAUUGAAUAA